AUUGCAGGCCGAUCAUCGCGGCUGCUGUCGGGGCUCAGUCCGCGUGGAAACUGUCAGCGUCGAGCAACGUGUCUCGUCGUUAUCGUUGUCACGAAUGUGAACACCUUGUUUAUCCUCUUUGCCAAUCCCAAUCAGACACCCCGAAUGGAGUAAAAUGAAUCGCGCGCCAUAACUUAACCGCGAGUGCGUGUGCAUGCGCGCGUGAGAACAAUUGAGAGUAAUAGAAAGAGAGAAUACGAAAAUAAUAUCCGGAAACGUUUUCGAGGAAACUGUCGAUUCGAGAAGAAAACACGAGCAGAUAGAGAGUGCACAAUGGAGGAGAUGAGCGUGCAGAACGCCAAGAUAUCGGACUCCGGGUACUCCUGCAGCAACAGCCAGUCGCAACGCAGCAGCGGCAGCUCGAUCUCGAGGAACAGCAAUCGCUCCGAAAGCAGCGGUUAUUACGGAAGGCGCCCUUUGACUUUCGAAUCCAACAAUGAGGCGUUACCGCAGCCAAUCAGUAAGAGAAAGGACAAGGAGCACAAGAAGAAAAAGUUGAAGACGGUAUUGACGAUUACCACCGAGACGGAAGUCGAUCUGAAGACGGUGAACGCGCCGGUCAAGGUCACUUCCUAUGACACGCCAGUCAGCGUUAUACUUGACCAGAAUCCAGAAGAGGUAGCCGCUAUAAAAUUAGUGGACCCGACGGAUCCCGGCGAGCACAACGGCGACAUCGUCACAGAUCCGGAAGCAGAACUUGCUUCACGAACGAUCUCUCUGGACAAUUCCACAUCUGAGGCCAAUGAGGGGUUUUGCGCGGUGAUUUCUAUGCACGACGGCCUUAUGCUAUACACAACAUCGUCGAUAUACACCGCUCUUGGCUACCCCAAAGACGCCUGGAUUGGUCGAUCCUUCAUCGAUUACGUGCAUCCAAAGGACAAAACCAUCCUGGCCGAUCAGAUUACGAGUGGCAUCGCGUCGCUGGAGGAGGAACGAUCUAAAGGCAUUAACGGCAGACGGGUGAGCUUGUUCUGCGGCCUGCGAAGAUUCAGGUACAGCGUGCCGAACGAUUACCAUACUGACGCCAGGUCGAACCUGUACCUGCUCUUCCACCUCACCUUGUCCUUCCGGGAUUUCCGAGACCGGACGGCCGAGCAGCCUAACAGGGCUGUGUUCCUCGUGAUUACCGCUCAACCCGUCCAUUCCGCAUACAAAGCGCCAGAAGAAACAAUAAUGUCUUCGGUAUUCACAACCCGCCACACCGCGACAUGCCACCUAUCCCAUGUCGAUCCCGACGUAGUCCAAUACUUCGGCUAUCUACCGCACGAUAUGGUUGGCCGUUCGCUGUUUGACUUCUACCAUCCCGAAGAUCUGCCAUUCAUCAAAGACAUCUAUGAGACUGUGAUCAAGCUCGAAGACUCCUCCUUCAGGUCGAAGCCGUACAGGUUUGCCGUGCAGAACGGAGGCUACGUCGUCCUCGAGACCGAGUGGUCGUCCUUUAUCAAUCCGUGGACGAGAAAACUAGAGUUUGUCGUAGGUCAGCAUCGUGUGCUCAAGGGUCCGCUGGACCCGGACAUCUUUCGCGUGCCGCGCAAGACCGAGUGUGGCUACCUGGCCAGCAUCAGCGAGGAGGUACUGAAGGAGGCGAAGAUUAUUCAAAGCGAGAUACGAGCGCUGCUUGACGAGAGCAUCCAAAGAACGUCAGAUAUAACCGAGCUCGACGUGUCAAAACGAUGUCAGGACCUAGCGUCCUUCAUGGAAAGUUUGCUGCAGGAGACGAAAGCGCUCGGCGUCAGCAAGGACGGACUGGCAGCGGACGACAAGAGCUUUUCGGGAUCACGCAAUCCCUUGUUGCAGGAGCACGACAGCGUGAUGCUCGGUGAGAUCUCGCCUCAUCAUGAGUACUACAACAGUAAGUCCUCCACGGAGACGCCGCCGAGCUAUAACCAACUCAACUACAACGAGAACAUCGAACGGUUCUUCAAUAGCAAGCCGACGAUCGCUACCAUGUACGGCAGCGAUGAGGAAAACGUCAAUUCCAGCAAUGACGAGGCUCGGAAAUUCAUGUCGCCGAUAAACGGCAGCGGCGCAAGCGGCAGUGGUAGCGCGGAGAACCUGAGCAGCGGUUCCAAUAAUCAGGCGAGCUCGGCGAGUCGUGGCGACACAUCGAACACCGCCAGCAACAGCAACACUACCGCGACGGAGAGCUUCAAACCGCCCACGCUGACGGAGUCGUUGCUGAACCGGCACAAUGAGGAUAUGGAGAAGCUGAUGAUGAAGAAGCACCGUGAGCUACGCUCCAGUAUCAAGAACAGCGACAAGUUGAAGGAUUCGCGUAUCAAAACGGAGAAAGUCAACGGGGCUGAUCAAAACGCCCAUUACGUCAAUCAGGGUCAUGGCAUUAAGAGAAGCAGCAGUCAUAGCUGGGAGGGUGAUAGCUUCAAGGUGUCAAAGCAUGAUAAGAUUUCAAGAACGAGCACGGCGGGUCCGGCGAAUCUCACAACUACUGUCACUAGUAUGAGCCUCGAUCAAUCAACCAUAAUGCAAGCCGGAGCGAAUAUUAAUCUGUGGCCACCGUUGUCGGUCACCGUGCCUUCCUCCGUGCCAGCUCAACCCUGCGCACUUCCACCACACAACAUCAAUUCGGAGGUCACAUCUAGAUUCCCGUUGUUACCGUCGGUGAUACCCGUAUAUUACAUGCCAGUACCACAACCUAACGACUCCACGACGACGAUGUCGCCAUCCCAAGAGAAGUUGGGCCCACCACCGACCACGCAAUCAACACAACAGAACCCUUACAUGUUUGUUCCAGUGUCUUACAUUGCGACGGCGAUGGCCGGGAUGAUAUACCCGGCGGUGAUCGGUGCACCACCGCCACGUGCGAUGAUGUACACGCCCUUUCUGAUACCCGAACAAGCCCCAGCCACGCGUGAGAACCAGCAACUGCCCAAAGACAAGUGUCCGGAUCGACCGGCCAGUCAAGCGACUAGUGUCAAAGCCGAGCCGGGAAGCAUAAUGGCUAUGUCUGAGUCUUCCAAGAAGAUUCUGUCGCCCGACGAGCUCUUCUCGUCGUGUCUGAGCAAUGAUGGUGGUUGCUCAAGUGUGGUGGACUUAUUGACUCCGGUGAUCAUGAAGGGACAUCGGCCGACAGACUACAACGGAGACGAGUCGAGUUCGUCCAGUUUCUAUAGCAGUUUUCUGUACAAGAGCAGCGACAGCAGCUGUAAUCCGGAUCAAAAAACGUGUGAAGUCUCUUCCGAGGAGCACACCAAGUGCCAUCAAGGAAUGCGGAGGAGGGAUCCACCUUGGCUGGAUGGUGUUCAACUGACGCCAGAACUGAUCUACGAGUACAAGAUGCAUCCGAAAACAUUAAACGAAGUGUUGAAGGCCGACAUGGACGCGAUGAAGAACUUCAACCAGCCGUUGCUGGUGAAUGAUCAGCUUGGGCAGCUCUACUUGGAUUUGGAAGUGGGAGGCUUCGGUGCAGAACUGAUCCUUGAAGAAGGGAUCACAUCAAGCGGAAGCGAUAGUAGCAGUAGUAACGGCAGUUGGACGGAAGUCGUAUCGCAGAAAUUAGAGAGAGCCGCGCAGGUCUUAUGACGGUCCUGAGACUAAGCGUCGAGCGAGUAGGAGAGGCAAAGGGAAGAAAAUAGGUGUAUACGUAAAUUGCAAAUAAUUCCGAGCACUAGUCAGAGAUAAUAAAGUAAUAAAUUGAUGAGGUCUUGUUAAUAAUAUUUCGACAAGAACUUUGAUCGUUUUAACGAAAAGAAUCUUUAUUAACACUGAGAGAUUUUUUAUCUAAUUAGAAAAUUUUCAUAUUGUUUUGUUUGGCAUUUUGAUUGACAACGCAAGCAGAGGAAAAUGGUGAAAUACGGCAAGCUCGUGAUGAUUCAUGAGGAGAACGCACCGCUGCCGCCUCCGUUACCGCCUCAGACUGUGCCCUGUCAACGUUCUUAGGAGUUGCGCUCGAUCCGCCACGGAUAACCGAUCCGGAACAACUCCGAAGUCGACGUUGACUUCGUCGCGCUUGUAUUUCUCCCGUAUAGAACCGAUAUCAUCUUAUUAGUCCUUAGAUUAGAUCGUAUUCUAUUCUCGCACUGUUUACAUGUACUUCGUUUUCGAAGCGUGUAAAGUUGCCGAGAAAUUUAAUUUUUCUCCUAGACUGAUGACGUUCAUUUACCACGUAUUUUUAUUUUUACAAUAAUUUUUGAUAAACUUCUCGUAGAUAAGUAGAAAGAGAAGAUAAAAGUAAGGCUUGGGAAAGAUUUAUAAUUCCUUAAAUAAGGAAUGAGAUAUUUGUAUAUUGCGUUAUUUCCUAUACUAAAUUUUAUACUCAUAUUAUAUUAUGUAUGUGUAAGAGUUAAGUUCCGCGCUUAAUAUGUACAAUUUGCUAUUGAAUUCCGACCAAAUAACAGAGUGAAAUCUCUGAGUUAAACAAUUUGAAGAAAUACAAACAGGAACCGGGACAUAUACCCUUAUAUACCUAGAAAUAUCAUACUAAGAAUCAUUGAUAAUUACUUAUUAUCCAGUAUUUUUAAUACUGAAAAUAAGUAAUUAUCAAUGAUUCUUAGUAUAAUAUUUCUAUAAGGGUAUAUAAAUAACGAAUGAAAUGCACUCGAUGAAAGAUACAUAAAUCUACCAAAAGAUUGAUGACAAUAAUUUCGUUUCUUAAAUCGUUUUCUAGAAAAUUCAAUCUCUUUUUAUCAAGAAGAUUAUGGUUAAUCGUAUUGUCAUCAUCGAUCAAAGUUCGAAGCAAGUCUUGACGUUGCCUCAGUCAAGCAACGAGUUUCAGUAAAUUUCGUCAAAAUUUUGGCGAAUGGAACAUACUAAUCGAACAAAUUUCCAAAAGUAUUUGUACUUAUAUUAUACUUAUAUACGGGA